AUGUUCGUGAAAAAGGGUGUUCUUCCUUUGCUCAUGAUCGGAUUCCUUUCAAGCCUCUUUUUUGUCACUCGCUUGAUAAUUAAGGAGAAGAAAGUUUCGCCAUCGGGAAGACGCGAGGUGCAGGUAUUGGAGACGGUGACGCUCACAGAAAAUGAGGAAGCGCACUCACUUUCCUAUGCAGAGAAGCUUUUUAAAGCUUACGAUGAAGUGGAGACCUUUGUGAUGUUCAUUGGUUAUCCUCGCAGCAGCCAUAGUUUGGUUGGCGCCAUCUUGGAUGCUCAUCCUGAAAUAAUUAUUCCGCACGAGUUUAAUGUGUUGCAAAAAUGGAGAAGGUACAAUUUGCCAAAGUUCCAAAGAAAAAACCUGAUAAGAUAUAAGUUAUAUUUUGAUCUUCACCAGACUUCUACCGAGCAAGCUAUGUUUGGAAAACGGGCAAGCCGAAAAAGGACAGUUCUUGGCGGGGAAUUUACAUACUUAUACAAUGUUCCAGAUUUAUGGCAAGGUGGAUACAAAAACAAGAUCAAGGUGAUAGGAGACAAAAAAGGGGGACGAACUUCGUUGCUUAUAAGUAAAGACCCAAGCAGUAUCAAACAGUUAGAAGAAAUCGCUAAAAACGUGGGAGUGCCAAUGAAAUUCAUACACAUUGUCAGGAACCCAUUUGAUAACAUCGCUACCAUGGUACUUCGCGGUGCAGGCGAGCGUGAUAAUGUUAGGGAAGAAGGAACAAAAAUGAACGGAUCAGUGAUUUUGGAGGAUUGGAUCGAGCUCUACUUCAACCUUACAAAGGCUAGCCAGCGCGUCAGAGAAAGGUUUGGGGAUGCAGUUAUCGAUAUUCCAGGACAUGAAACAAUACUCAGACCGAAAGAAACACUACAAAAAUUAUGUGUCCAUUUAGGUGUGACAUGUUCAGAGGAAUACAUAGAAAAAUGCAGUAAGAUCUUGUAUGGAGCUCCUUCUGUCACAAGAAAUAAAAUUGUUUGGACUGAAGAACAAAAACAGCGGGUCACCGAGCAGAUGAAAAAAUAUCCGUUUCUGAAAGACUUUUCCUUUGACGAUUUCCUAUCUUAA